GGCAACAUCUCCACCUCUAAUUGGCUCCUCAACUGCCACCCCGGAGACACGCCACUCCUGAUAGGCGGAGGCCGGCAGUCUCUGAGUCUCCGAUUGGCUUAGGUUCACCAUCACACCAUCCCCUCAGGCUCCCGGCGGAAGCACGGGGUGCCAGACUGUCGACACCACACGAGUGAUUGCUUGCAGCACUCAGAAAGGAUUCCAUGGCAUUGUACAACUGACUGUUUGUUCUGCAAGGGAGUUUCGCAUCCCCUGAAGCAUUGCUUUAAUAACUGCUGGAAGUGGGAUGCUUGACUGGAUGGAUAACUAGUCUGAGCUGAAGAUCUCCCCAGGAACAGAUCGGACAGCUUGCCUGCUUUCGAUAUAGUGAUUCCAUUUGUGCUCCAGCAUCAUUGAUGAUGGCAAUCCUACCCUGGGAGUAGGAUUUCAUUACCAACAUCUAAACUGGAGAAAGCAAAAGCAGUGAAGACCUGGGAGCAAGUGAGAAGUUUGUUCUGUUAAUCAUGUUGCUGCCUCCUCUGAGCAUCCUGUUGGGAUUGGCUGCCUGCUGUUCAUCCUUAGAUAAUGGUUUACUGAGGACUCCACCAAUGGGAUGGCUGCCUUGGGAACGUUUUAGAUGCAAUACCGAUUGCAAAACUGAUCCUGGAAACUGCAUCAGUGAGUAUUUGAUCAAAAGUAUGGCAGACAAGAUGGCAGAAGAUGGAUGGAAGGAGCUGGGUUAUGAAUAUGUGAACCUUGAUGACUGCUGGUCUGCAAAGGAAAGGGAUUCCCAGGGCAGGCUUCAGCCAGACCCAGAUAGGUUUCCAAGUGGAAUUAAAGCCCUUGCUGAUUAUAUACAUUCAAAAGGGCUGAAAUUUGGAAUUUAUAGUGACAUGGGUAACUACACCUGCAAAGGUUACCCUGGGACCACACUGGACACCAUUGAUACAGAUGCCAAAACAUUUGCAGAAUGGGAAGUUGACAUGCUGAAGCUUGAUGGCUGCUAUUCCAACUCAUCUGUUAAAGCAAUAGGCUACCCAAAGAUGAGCAUUGCUCUGAAUAAAACAGGAAGACCUAUCGCUUACUCAUGUAGCUGGCCAGCCUAUGAAGGAGGGCUUCCCCCAAAGAUAAAUUAUACCGUACUUGGUGACAUUUGUAACCUCUGGAGAAAUUUUGGUGACAUCCAGGAUUCCUGGGAGAGUGUUCUAAAUAUUAUUGAGUGGUAUGGAAAUAACCAGGCUAAUCUGCAACCUGCAGCUGGCCCAGGAAGAUGGAAUGAUCCAGAUAUGCUGAUUAUUGGUAACUUUGGCCUGAGUUAUGAGCAAUCAAAAGUGCAGAUGGCAUUGUGGGCAAUCCUGGCAGCCCCUCUCUUUAUGUCCAGUGAUUUAAGGACAAUCUCUGAGGAUGCCAAGCAAAUCUUGCAAAACAAGCUGUUGAUUUAUAUAAACCAAGAUUCUCUGGGGAUUCAGGGACAGCGCAUUAUGCAGUGGCGUCAUUUUGAAGUAUGGAAGAGAAUCCUGUUCAACGGACAGUUUGCCAUAGCGGUUAUGAACAAUGGCACAGAUGGAAUGCCAAGACCUUUCACAACCAAUUUAGCACUACUGGAUAUCCUGGAUUGCAAGGAGGGAUACAAGAUCUAUGAUGUUUUGGAGCACGUGUUCUUAGGAGAUUUUGCCCUCGAUACAACUAUUAACAUAAAAGUUACUCCAACGGGUGUAGUCUUGCUGUUUCUCAGGCCUCUGUGUUCUUUCACCUAAUUUACAAAACCAAUCUUGAGAGCCUAAGCACUUGAACUGCAAUAAAGAGAUGUUAACUAGGGUAAUUACAAUGGCAUUCACUGUGGAUGGGAGCUAAUGUACAGGAGCUUUGUAGCAAAGAGAUUUGGUAUCAGGUGCAUUAUCGAAAAUACAUUUGAAAGGGCAGUCAUCUUUCAACUGGCACUAGACAAAUAAGAUCUUGAAGCUGCUUGAACUGCUACUGUGGGUUCUAGAUUAGCAAAUACCUGGCGGAAUAUGUUGAGGUUGAGCCUGCAGAAGGGAAGAAAAACAGCACUUUCAAAGCAGUACAAACCAAGUGGCUGAUCUUUGUUUUUUCAGGAACAUCUUGUUUUAAGAAUGAGAUUUCUCUUUUUACAAAAAAACACAUUGAAUGCUACAGACCUUUCCUUUGAUCUCCCCAAAUAUAGAUGGUAUGUAUAACUUUAUUUAGAGAGAUGGCAAAGGCCGUCAGACCUGAAAUAUGAUAUUCUCUCCUUUCCCCUCACCCUCUUUUCUUUUUCUUAAGUGAGUUUGUUUCAGAAUGUUCCCCAACUGAUAGUGAAGAAAUUAUGUGCUUCAUAAUUAAGGCUGCAGUCCAGUUGGGGCUAAAUGAACAUACGUGGUUCUUAUUAAAAUGACAGCCACAUAUAUGCAGCCUGAGGAAGAAUGUAGUCCUUAAACUUUUGGCCUUUGUGCCACGUGACCCAAACAAAACAAACUUAAGAUGCUGGGGUUUUGCUGCAACAUGUAUUUAAGUAACAAAACGUGACAUUUGCACCUCCAUAGUCUCCCUUCCUGCCAGCUCCAUACUCAUGAGCCAAGAAAACACAGGGACUGACAGGCAGUUUAAGACUAUGCAGACCUUUCUCUGGAGCACUGGUAUUUAUGGAGUUUUGUUAAUAACAGGGUAUUUCGAAUACAAGUUGUUUGGCAGUGGGAUGGGCUGUGCAUUCUAUUUUGGGCCUAUCAACUUUGAUGAGCAUCUUUUUAAAAAAAAUUACUGCAUUAUUAUUCUCUAUAUAAUAAACUGAAAGGCAACAUGCGCUAGUGGGCUAAAACCACAGGAUUGAGAACCAGGAACUUAUUACCCCUGCUUUGCCCCCGGACGUGCUUUGUGGCCUCAACUGGUCUAUGCCUCGGUUUCCACCUCUGUAAAAUAAAGUUCUGAAUGCUUUCCUACCUCACAGGAUUGUAGUGAGGACUGAUUUGUUUUCAGGUAAAUUAAAAUGCACUUUCUCUGUAAAGUUUUGACUGUUAGGCUUUUGAUAAGUUAAUUUUAUGCAUUUCCCCUUCAGUUACUCCAGAGUUAAUAGCGUAGUACUGGUUUAGCUGAGGGAAGAAUCUGGCUUAUAGUAAUUACUCCUCAUUGUAUCUAUUCACUCAUGUCUAAAAGUUUCACUAGUAAGCAGUUUAAAUAUUUUAAUUUUCAUCUUAUGCCAUUUCAUCUUGUUAUACUUAGAGUCAAGGAACCCCUUUUUUAUUGUUCAGCUGUAAAUCAAUAAACCGGGUAAUGAAAAGUCAUAAUUACAAUUAUUUUGAAUGGAACAAAUAAAGCGUUCUUAAAGCA